AUGACAAAUCUCGUGACUGACACCAAGGGCCUCUUUAAACACGGGGUACCCGGGUUUGCGUACAACAAUGUAUAUCGUUGCUUUCCGAAUAAUGACAAUGGCCUUUUGUUUCGUCUUGUGAAUGACAAGAGACAGUGGGCCUUUUACAAUGACACAGAGAAGAUGGUGUUCCGCGUCAACGCGAAGAUUGGCAAAGGCUCUCAAGUCAAGCCUCUUGGCCGGGCGAAGCUAACAAAGAUGGAUUGGGGGGUGAAGGAACAAUGGGGCUGGGAGGUGACUGUGGUGGUGGGGCCUGGUCGCACUGAGCGCUUUUUGGAGGGCAGCGUGGAGGGGUUUCAGAUCGACUUUCAAAGCGAGGUUGUGUCGGAGGACGACGUCGAGUUUGAGAAUGGCCUCCCGACGGUAAAGUAUGACAGUGUUUACAAGUGCCUAAAGGGCCACGGCAAUGGGCUUUUGUUUCGUCUCGUGUUGAGGGACAGCUUGAGUGAGGAGUGUACAUGGAGCUACUACAAUGACACCAAGGACUACGUGAUGGAGGUCGAGGUGACGUUCGCCGACAAGACUUGCGUGGAGCCGCUGGGUAAGACACGGGUUGAGCAUGAUCCUGCAAACAAGAAAGGUGUGGUGUACAAAAUUGCUGUGUCGCCGUUGCGCACGGAGUCGUUUCUCCGUGGCCGUCCCUGCGAUUACCGGCAGUCUUUUGUG